AUGGAUGCAGAGUAUGUCCUAUGCAAUUGGAAAGGCCACGUUUGGCCAGCAAAGGUUUUGUCCAGAGCUAGGACCUCACCAAGACAUAAGAGGAAAGGGGCACUUUUUCUCGAAGUCGAAAUACUCUCAGUAGACGAAAAAAUUAAAGUGAAAACCACAGACACAAAGAUCCUAAAUGAGUCUCAAAUUGAAUACGUUGCCUCCUUGCUGAUAGCCGAGCCGAAGGCCAGUGUCCCACCAGGACAGGAAGUGCCCUACAGAAACGCUCUUGCAGUGGCCCUAGAGAUUCUGAAUGAGAGAGCGAAUUUGGGUCCAGCAAGAGCAUCAGAUGAUCCAGAGACCACAAAGGGGACCACAAAAGCGUCCCAAAGGGGACCACAAAAGCGAUCUCGUAAAAAGUUCCGGAAGCCUAAAGGGAGCUUACUGAGGCGUCUUAGGAGAAGCAAAAAACUCAGAUCGCUGCUGGUAUGCUCACAGACUGAGGACGCCCCAGGCGGUGGCCAACCACAGGCACACAGAACCGUCACGCCUAGUCCCAGGAAAAUGCGAGCGGAGCCCUCACAAAGCUCCAGCGUGUACCCAAACUUCCCAUCACGUGCAGAAGAAGAUUAUGAGAAAGAGGGCAAGGAAAAGAGGCACACCUUGAGAGUCAGGGCCUUGCAUCGCCCCGUCAAGGAGGAGGGUACAGGUGCUAAAGAUGGAGGCACCCUUCCAUCUCCGCCACCAGGUUUCAACCUCACUGUACCCAAGGCUCUGAAAGAAGAGGCCCAUGACACCUACCCAAAGACCCUGGCCGUCUCCUCCGAAUGCUCCGCCCUCUCCGGGAAUGUUGAGGACCAUGGAGAGGGUCCCCGGAAGCCAGGCUUGGAAGGUGCGGCGGCACCCUCCAGUGCCCCUCCUCCGAGUCUGCGUUAUUCACUCCGUCUGGCAAAUAAAAAAAGGAAGCUGCAGGUACUAGAGUUUGAGAAAGGGCUGCAAGGACUUCAGCCUUCAGUCAACUCAAAGGCCGUUAACCCCACCACUGCUAUUAGAAAGGAUGUCGGCAAGGAAAUGGGGCAACCGGUAAGCAUGGCUUUUCCACAAGAGCCUUGUCCCAUUGAAGGAGGAAUGAUGGUCUGGUUUAAAUUUCAAAAUCACCCAUUUUGGCCAGCAGUGGUAAAGAGUGUCAGCCAAACAGAGCAGACCGCAAGGGUGCUUUUGAUUGAGGCAAACAUGCCCUGUGAAAUGAGUGGCAUUCAAGUUCCUCUUCGAAGAUUAAAACAUCUGGACUGUAAGGAGAAGGAAAAACUCAUGAAGAGAGCCGGGAAAGUGUACGAGCAAAGUGUGAACUGGUGUUUCUCCCUGAUUUCCCACUACAGAGAAGGGCUCGGUCGUGGGUCUUUUGCAGGCUCUUUCCUGGACUAUUAUGCCGCUGAUAUCAGUUACCCAAUUAGGAAAGCCAUCAAGGAUGGGGACAUGGAGAUCGAUUUCCCAAAGGUGAAUUAUGCCGACCUGGAAGAUUCUGAGGAGGAGGCCUCCCUGGGUGGGAGGAGGCCCCACAAGAAAAUUCUCCCGGACCGGAUGAGGGCUGCUCGGGACCGAGCCAACCAGAAGCUCGUGGACUUCAUUGUGAAAAGAAAGGGAGCCGAUCACCACCUCCUGGACAUCGUCAAAGGCAGGAAACAGUCCAGGUGGCUGGCAUCAUUUCUGAAUUCAAGCCGGUACGUGAUCUGCAUUGAAACAUACCUGGAGGAUGAAGACCAGUUGGAUGUCGUGGUAAGACAUUUACAAGAAAUCUACAAACAGAUAGACAAGAAAAUGCUGACUCUGGCAAGAGAUGACAAGGUGAGUUUUGUUCUGGAAGUUCUUCUGCCAGAAGCAAUCAUUUGUUCAAUUGCCGCACUUGAUGGGCUAGGUUACGAGGAGGCAGAACAAAAGUACCUAAAGGGGCCACCGGUGCAUUACCGGGAAAAAGAGCUAUUUGAUAAAAAUAUUGUAAAGGGAAUGAGAAAGAGAGCGGCAACCAGGGGCAAAGCCAAAUAA